UUAUCAUAAUGAAGUACGAUUAUUUGCUCAUUUGUCGUUCGUCCAAAAUUCGCUAAACAUUCUUGCCGAAUCUAUUCGUGCUAAUUUAACUGUAGUUCUUUUGAGUUAUUAAUCUUAUAAAUUAAUAUACAAGUCAAUAAGUUCAACAAAAUGUCAGACACUGAAGAAAACGUAAAAAAAAUCACGGUGACGGUAAAAACGCCCAAAGGGAAGCAAUCAGUCGAAGUACUAGAAAAUGCUACUAUAAGUGAAUUUAAAGAGGUGGUUGCUAAACAGUUUAAUGCUCAGCCUUCACAGUUGUGUUUAAUAUUUGCUGGUAAAAUUAUGAAAGAUCAAGAUACAUUAGCAACUCACAAUAUUAAAGAUGGAUUAACUGUACAUUUAGUUAUCAAAACUAAUGCACCUCAAAAUAACUCAACAUCUGCAGCUCCAAAUACAGGAUCUGCUCAAACUCCAAGGCCACCUGCUGAUAUUAAUGCAUCACCAUUUAAUUUGGGUAUGCUUGGUGGCCUACCUGGUAUGGAAUCCAUGGGAUUUGGUUCAGCUAACUUUAUGGAAUUACAACAGCGUAUGCAACGUGAAUUACUUGAUAAUCCUGACAUGCUCAGAAAUUUGGUUGAUAGCCCAAUGGUGCAACAGAUGAUGAGCGAUCCUGCUCAUAUGCGACAAUUAAUUUUGGCAAAUCCACAAAUGCAACAAUUAGUUGAACGACAUCCAGAAAUCAAUCAUAUGUUAAAUAAUCCUGAAAUGUUACGGCAAACAAUGGAAAUGGCUAGGAAUCCAUCAAUGUUACAAGAACUUAUGCGUACUCAAGACAGAGCUUUAUCAAAUUUGGAAUCAAUCCCAGGUGGUUUUAGUGCUUUACAAAGAAUGUAUAGAGAUGUUCAAGAGCCAUUUAUGAAUGCAGCUUCUGAAGAAUUUAGUCGAAACACAUUUGCGGCUCCAAGUGAAAGUGGUGGAGAACAAAACCCUCAACAAGGACAAGAAAAUCGUGAUCCCUUACCAAAUCCUUGGGGUGGAUCUACUGGAUCUAAUCAAUCAGAUCCUACAAUUGGAAGAUCUGCCCCAACAUCAGGUAAUCUACCUAAUAGAGGAACUGGAUCAGAUACUUUAUUCAAUGGUGAUACUAUGAAUUCUAUGAUGCAACAAAUGAUUGAAAAUCCACAAGUUAUGCAAAGUAUAAUGAAUACUCCAUAUUUCCAAUCGACUCUUCAAGCAAUGACUAGUAACCCUAAUAUGGCAAAUAAUUUGCUCAGUAACAACCCAUUGCUUGCUAAUAAUCCAGAACUUCAGUCACGAUUCCGUAGUAUGAUGCCAGCAUUCCUGCAACAAAUGUCAAAUCCUGCAGUUCAAGAUAUGUCUACUAAUCCAAAUGUCUUGUCUGCUCUUGAUCAAAUACAAAGAGGCCUUGAAGCACUACGUACAAAUAUGCCAAAUAUGGGUGGAUCUUUAGGAGGUCAAUCUUUUUUUCCGACACCAAAUGCAAACACCCCCACUAAUGCUGAUUCAACUGUACCUAAUGAUUUGCCAUCAACUGAAGGUCAAGAUAAUAAUUUUGCCGAACUUAUGAGAAGAAUGUUAUCACAGUUACCAAAUAACAGUAGCCCAGUGGCAAAUAAUCAACCUCCAGAAGAAAGAUAUAGUUCUCAGCUGGAACAGUUGUCUGCAAUGGGAUUUGUCAAUAGAGAAGCUAACUUACAAGCUUUAAUUGCAACAUAUGGAGAUAUAAAUGCUGCUGUUGAACAGCUACUUAAUAGCGGACAGUUGUCAACUUAACAUUCCAAAGUUCUAGAUAAUAUAAUACAUAUAUUAACUUUUGUAAAUCCAAAAAAAAAAAAUAGUUUUUGGUUCAGUCCUACGAAUUUAUGCAUUUCAAUUUUUAAGUUUUGGUGCCACAAUAACCUGAUUUGUAGACAUUAUUUCUUUUCAAUCACAUUCUUUGUUAUUCUUGAUUAAAUAAAUAAUUAUUUACACUCCUAAA